AUGUUCGCUAUUCCAAGUCAGUUCGCUUAUAGAAGUGCGGAACACACAGUCCCAUUUGAUGUGGGGAUGGGUGAUCAGGUUCUGGAACGAGCGAAAGCUCAAAGAGACUCGACAUGGCUAGUCAUUCGCAGUCAACCUAGACCUAUGGACAGUCCUUUCUGGUACAGUCUAGUACCACAGUCAGCUCACAACUUUGGUUGUUUGGCUGAGUUUUCUGACGCUUUUAAUGGAGUCGGUCAGCGAGUCCCGUUGAUUGACCCCGCUAACGUCGAUUUUGCAGCGGUAAAGCCAUGGUUUACGCAUUGCACCGGACAGCACGGGGAACUAUGCAACCCAGAUUCAGUAAAACGAUCUCUACCAAAGGGUAUUGCUGUCAUUAACUAUACGACUCGAGACCUGGAGCCUUUGCCGACCGGAGCGAGGUUCGCCGCUUUGUCGUAUGUAUGGGGAGACAAUACUUCUGCAACAGAGUCAUAUUCUUCCAUAUCCAGACUUCCUCAGACCAUUGAAGAUACAAUCGCUGUCGCGCUAGAAAUCGGUAUUCAGUUCCUCUGGCCGGAACUCCCAGGCAUAAGGACUCCAAGAGUCAAACCGCCGUCACUGGACCUGUGUCUUGGACGUCAUCGCUUGGUCUCCACCGGCCGAACUUGGACAUAUCAAGAGGGCCUUGUUUCAAGAAGAAAGCUCGUCUUCACAGAUGAACAGGUGUACCUUCACUGUAUGGAGCGUGAAUUCCGGGAAACUAUCGAACAAGACUUCUAUCUAUUAGCCCAGACCCGCAGUGAUGAUGUAUGCGAUCCAUUUCACUGUAGUACACUACAUCUUAUCGCGGAAAAUGAUGGCCCUAAAGAUGCUUUUCCAGAUUCUUUUCGUCACAUUUGGGGUCAGCCGAUUCCAUGCGGUGCUAAUAAUUCGAUCGGGGAUGCCAUAGUUUCUGCUCUCAAUUGGGGUAUAAUAGGCCCGACACAGAGACGACCGGAUUUCCCGAGCUGGUCGUGGAUCGGCUGGAAGGGCAAGGCAUAUUCUUCAGUCAACGAAUCUUGCAAGGAAGACGUCACAGCCUCUCUGCUACUAGAAGAUGGCACCACCAUCGACAACGCCAAAGUGUUCAGGGACCUGAAUACCUUUCAAAGAAUACCACCAUUGUUGAGUAAAUAUAUCCUCAUCGAGGCUCAAAUUGUUCAUGUAAGAAUACGGCGGAAGGAAGGCGAUUAUUGGAAUCUUCGAAACAUGUGGAAACUCUCUUUUGUAAAAGAUGGCGCGGAGAGAUAUGGAAUCACCUAUGCAGAUGGGUUUUCCAUCACGCAAGAGUACGAGAAACGCGAUGAUGUAUACAGAGAUUUGGAGGGCGGAAAUGCCUGGCUUGGGAUAGCAUUUCCUCGCUCGGAUAUGGUCUUGGUCUUGAAGGAUAAGGGAGAUUACCAUGAAAGAUUUGGUUAUAUCGAUGUUGACUUUCUAUACCGGAUCUAUGGAACUACCUAG